AACGAGGCAGCGGAGUGAGCGAACAGCUGAUGGUCUUCUUCUGCCCGCUGUGGAUGGAUUGAUUUCUGCUUUUACGCUCCAGACAGACGCUCAGAGGAAUGGAGGGACGGCGGACCGGGGAUCAGAACUCCGACGGACCGAGAGGUUGGAGGAGAGCGUUUUGUCAGAGGAGGAGAAGAGGUUGACGGUGAGGGGCCCUUCACCCGACGCCCCCCCUACAUGCCUACCAGCCCGAGUCCGAGAAAUUGUCACAAAGAACCUCAACGAUAGCUCCGGAGCCAUGUCCUCGGUCAUGUCCCUCCAGGAGGAGAACCGGGUGCUGCAGGGAGAGCUGGCCCGGCUGGAGGACCUGCUGGCACACAGCAGAGCCGACCGGGACGAGCUCGCCAUCAAGUACGGGGCCAUUAGUGAGAGGCUGGAGCAGGCGCUGCGUUUUGAGACGGGAGACGGGGACCACGACUCGCCAGAGUCCCGCAGCCUGGCGCAGCAGAACGUGGAUCUGCGGCGGCGGCUGGACGAGGAACAAGCCGCCUACAAGCGCAAACUCACGGCGUACCAGGAGGGCCAGCAGAGGCAGGCGCAGCUCGUGCAGAAGCUCCAGGCCAAAGUGCUCCAGUACAAAAAGAGGUGUGGAGAUCUGGAGCAGAUGCUGCAGGACAAGUCCUCGGAUUUGGAGAAGCACAGGCAGGAUGACCACAGCGAAGCAUCAAAUGGUCGUCAUCAGGACGAGGCCAGCAGCAACCUGGAGGACGCGCUGAUCCGUCUGGAGGAAGAACAGCAGAGGAGCAGCAGUUUGUCUGCGGUGAACGCGAUGCUGAGAGAGCAGUUGGAGCAGGCCGGUUUGGCCAAUGAGGCGCUGAGCCAGGACAUCCGCAGGCUCACUGCUGAUUGGACGAAGGCCAGAGAGGAGCUGGAGCAGAAGGAGUCUGACUGGAGGAGAGAGGAAGAGUCUUUUCACAGCUACUUCAGCAGCGAGCACGGCCGCCUGCUGAUGCUGUGGCGACAAGUGGUCGGCUUCAGGAGGCAUGUGUGUGAAAUCAAAAGCGCCACUGAGAGGGACCUGUCAGACAUGCGUAACGAGCUGGCCCGGAUGUCCCACUCUGCUCAGGUGUCCUGCACCGGCCUGUCUGCCACGCUGCACAACCGGGAGGGAGGAGCAGCUCUGGCUCUGGAGCGAGAGAAGGCUCUGAGGGUUCAGCUGGAGCAGCAGCUCCGAGACCGAGUGGCUGAGAUGAUGAACCUUCAGACCAGAACAGAUGCAGAGAGGAGCGAGCUCAACGUCAGGAUGUCGGAUUUAGUGCGAGAGGGGGAGAAGCUGAAAGGCCAGAUCGAGGACAGAGAGAGAGAAAUUGUCUCGUUGACGAGGAGGCUUGAGGAGCAGAGCGGCAGCGAGGAGACCGACAUGCAGACGAUGAGAGUUCACACCGAGACGCUGCUGGACACCUUACGGGACAUCGCUCAGACAGUUUUAUCCGAUGGAGAGUCGUCGUCCGAAGCGGAUCAGGACAACUCUGGUGCUCCGCUGCUGCCGUUGAUCCGUGACUCCUCCCCUCGGAGGUCGUCCUCCCCCACUCGAGCCUCCUCCUCGCUGCUUCCUCCCCCCGAGGCGGCGCUGUCGGCGCUCCGCUCUGCAGUCACCAACAAGACGCUCCAGCUGCAGGAUGCUCGAGGCCGUCUGCUCUCUGCCCAGUCCUCGAUACAGCAGCUACGAAAACAGCUGUCGGAGUCGGAUUCGGCCAAAAGAGAAGCGGAGCAGCGAAGUCAAGCCCUGCAGCGAGAGAGGGACGCUGCUCAGAGGGAGAAGGAGACCUCGCAGAGAGAGAAGGACCGUCUGAGGCAGGAGAGAGACUCGCUGGCCAGCGAGAAGGUGAACUUGGAGAAGACAGUUCAGGCAGCGCAGAGCAGCAGCCACAUGCUGCAGAUGGACUGCGAGAAGCUCCAGCUGAACGUGGCGUCGGUGCAGCGAGAGCGAGAUCACGAGAGGGAGGAGAAGGAGGCUGCCAUCCAGGAGAGGGACCGGGCCAAGGCGGAGACUCACAGGAUACAGAAGCAGUGGGAUCAGAGCGAGAGCCGAGCCUCGGUCCAGCGGGGCGAGCUGUCUGUGGUGAGGGAGACUCACCAGCAGGGGGAGGUGGAGCGGCAGCUGCUGGAGCGAGAGAAGGUCCAGCUGUCUGAAGCGCUGGCUCGGGCUGAGAGCAGCAACACCGAACUGUCUCUGCUGCUGAACAAGCUCCAGUCUGAGGAUGCAGCUCUCAGAGACUCUUUGGCCAAGAUGGGCAGCAUGAAUGAGGGUCUGGCUCAGGACAAAGCCGACCUCAACACCUACAUCCUGCAGCUUGAGGAGGAGAAGGGCCUCCUGCUGGGUCAGAAACGCGAGGCGGAGCAGGAGAAGCUGACCAUCAGGGAUGAGCUGGUCCGGUUGGAGCAGGACCGGCUGGAGCUGGAGUCGGCUCGCAUCACGCUGCAGCAGUCACUGCAGGACGCCGAGCUGAGCCGGGUGGGGAUGGAGGCCGAGCUGCACAGUCUCAGAGCCGACAGACUCAAGCUGCAGGAGAAAGUAACGCAGCUUUGUGGCGAGGUGACCUCUCUGGGUUCAGAGUUGAGUCUGGCCAGAGGAGAGGGCCAGAGGAACGAGGUGGCUCUAGAGGAGGCCGGUCGCAGUCGGGCUGAACUGGCCCGAGACAAAGCAGCUCUUGUGGUCCAGCUGACGGCAUCUGAGAGAGAAAACGCCGUGCUGUCUGAGGAACUGGCUGCUUUCAGGUCAGAGCGGGAGUCUCUGGAAACCAGUCUGUUCGACGUGCAGCAGCAGCUUGUUCAGGCCGAGUCUCGCAGAGAGCAGCUGGACACGGAGAACCAGAACCUUCGGGUCCGCUGUGAGACUGCUGCAGCUGAGCUGCGGCGUGUACGCUCAGAUGGGGAGAAUGCGUUGGCUCAGGCUGAGAGGGAGAAACAGGCUCUGACUCAGGCUCUAAAUGCUGCACAGCUGGAGGCCCAGCAGGCUUUACGCAAGACCAUCUCUGAGCAUCAGGAGGAGGUGGAGAGGAUGGUCUCAGAAAAGGAAGUCGUGCGGCACAGCUUGCUGAUGGAGCACGAGGUCGCUGUGAAGAAGCUCAGGCAGGAGACGGAGGAUCAGCUGCACAGAGCGAAGAGAGAACGAGAGGAGCUGCAGGACGAACUGAGGACUCUGCAGCAUGAUCGAGAUCAGUGUCUGCUGCAGGCCGAGACUGAGAAACAGCAGGCUCUCUCCAUGAAGGAGGCAGAGAAGACGCUUCUGUCCGACAGGCUGUCCAGUCUGCAGGCUGAGCUGUCGGCGGCGGCGCUGGAGGGCGAGCGGUUGGCCAGAGACGCAGCUCAUUACAAAGAGCAAGAGCAGAUCAGAGUCGGGACUCUGACCAGCGAGCUGCUGGAGCUUCGAUCUCAGCUGGAGGAUGCAGCCUCUUCUCACGAGCGGGAAGUCCACAGUCUACGAGAGACGUGUGCUGAUCUCCGGUCACGUGCUGAUGUUGCUCUCAAAGAGCUGGAGCAGUGCAGAGCUUCUCUCUCAGCUGCUGAGGAGAGUCGAGACCAGUUGAGGCGCGACAUGCUGGAGACCGACCGUCGUCUGAACCAAACUCAGGACUCGGCAGAAAACUACAGGAGAGAAGGGACGGAGCUCCGCCGCAGCUUCUGCGACGCCACCAAGGAGAGAGACACUCUGAGCCAAUCCAACGCUCAGCUGAGAGAAAGUCUGCGAAGUGCAGAAACCGAGAGAAUCAGUGUCAAACGACAGUGUGAGGAGAAGGAGCAGAGGCUGGCUGUGCUGGAGGAGAAUUUUGCCUCCACUCAGAGGGAGGUGACGGAGCUGCGCAGCUGCCUGAGAGAAGUCGAAAGGUCACGACUUGAGGCUCGGCGAGAACUGCAGGAGCUCAGGAGACAGCUGAAGGUUCUGGACGGAGAGAAGGAGCACAAAGGGCAGGAGGUGGCAGAGCUGCAGACCCGCCUGUCGCUGGAGGAGCAAAGAGAGGAGGAAAGAGGGAAGGAGGUUUUCAUCCUCAAGCAGAAGCUGACCGAAGCUGAAACAGCCAGAGACUCCCUCAGGAAAGAGCUUUCGAUGACUCAAAAGCGUCUGAUGGACUCUGAGUCUGGUUGGCGCAGCUGUGAGAGGGAACUGACCGCUCAGCUGCAGGAUGCUCGUGGCUGCGAGAAGAAGCUCCAGGAUGAAGCCAAAAACCUGUCGCUGCGCACUCAGGCCGCCCAGGACGCCGCCGCUCAGUCCAGCCUGCAGCUGAGCGAGGCGCAGGGCCGACUGGCCGCCACCGAGGCCGAGCUGGUCCGAGCCGAGGCCUCGAGGAGGGACCUGGAGUUUCGUCUGAGCAGCCUCCAGUCGGCGCUGACCCGAACGCUGGGCAUCGGAGCGAGUGGGAGAGCGGGGAGGGGGAGGAGCCCUGGAGGAAGCUCCGCGUCGCCCGGCACCAUGUCGCGCCACCACAGCAUCUCACCGCUGCGCUCCUCGCUGUCGCCUCCUAAAGAGUUUCGAGGAAGCACACCUGAGAACGCUCUGGGCUCAGGAGCUGUUUCUCCUGAGAGAGGCGACACGCCGCUGCCUCUCCCUCAGCUGGAGCUCGACCCCGAGACCCUGAGAAGUGGUCUCAGAGAUUUCCUCCAGGAGCUGCGUGACGCACAGAGAGAACGGGAUGAUGUGCGAUGCCAGCUGGGGGCCGUGCAGCGAGAGCUGGAGGAGCAGAAAGGGGAACGAGACUCUGCUCACAGUCGACUCACUCAGCUGCAGAGCACCUUACAGGAUUACCAAGAAGGGAGGCGUGGACUGGACGAGCGUCUGACCACCACUCAGAUGCUGCUGCAGCAGCAGGAGGAGGCGGUGAGGAGAGGAGACCGAGAGAGGAGAGCUCUGUCCGACAGGGUGAAGGAUUUAGAGCGAGCGCUGCAGGCCUCUGACACGGAUAAGAAGCACACGCAGGAUCUGUUGAAUAAGCAGCGCGCUGCUGAGAUGCGUCUGGAGGCGGAGAGGAGGCGUCUGCGGGAGGCGCUGGAGGCAGCUGAAGCUCGAGCCACCAGGGUGGAGCUGGGGAGGCGCAGCGUGGAGGGGGAGCUGCAGAGACUCAAACUGAGUCUGGGAGACAGAGAGGCUGAGAGCCAGGCCUCCCAGGAGCGCCACGACUCUCUGCUCAAACAGGUGGCAGAGGGAGAAGCCCGUGUGUCUCUGCUGCAGAGGGAGGUGGAGAGGCUGAGCCAGGCUCUGCUCAAAGCUCAGGAAGGUGAAUCUGUGCUCAAAGAAAAGACCACGUCCCUCAACCAGACCCUCCAGGAGGCAACGGCUGCUCACAGCAGCUCACAGGGUCGCCUGUCUGCUCUUCAAAAGACACUAAGUGUAGCUGAACAGGACAAAAGGCUUCUGCAGGAACGACUGGAUGAAGCCCGAACAUCAACAGCUGAGGCAAAGAGGAACAUGGCCGCCCUCACUGAGCGCGUGCAGAACCUGCAGACUGAGCUGAACCAGAGCGAGAUGCGGCGAGAAGAGCUGGAGGCCGAGCUCAACAACACUCAGGAGGCUCUGCGUCAGCGUGCAGCCAGCCUGCUGGAGUCUCAGCGCAGCAGCCAGGCAGCGCAGACGGAGCGGGCUGCUGUGGAGGAGCGGCUGCGAGGGCUGCAGAGAGCCGUCGCCAUGCUGGAGACGGAGAAGAAGGAUGCUGAGAGGCAGGCGGUGAGGCUGGAGAAGGACAAGAACGCACUGAGGAACACGCUGGAUAAGGUGGAACGUCAGAAGCUGAAGUCUGAAGAAGGCAGCAUGCGUCUGUCUGCAGAGAGGAGCCGCCUGGAUCGCUCCCUGAACACAGCCGAGCAGGAGCUGCAGGAGGCGCAGCAGCAGAUCCUGAUGCUGCAGACCCAGCUGGCUGAGACGGAGCAGUCCCACAGUGUGUGUGAGAGUCUGGCGAGGCAGCGUGACGAGGCCCAGCGGGAGGCCGAGAGGCUGAGGAGCAGCUUCAGGGACGUGGAGCGAACGCUGGGCACCCGAGAGCGAGCUCACCGGCACCGGGUCAAAGGCCUGGAGGAGCAGGUGUCCACUCUGAAGGAUCAGCUGCAGCAGGAGAUAAAGCGGCGGCAGCCUUCUCUUCCGUCCUCCUUGCUGCCAUCAGGGAACUGAGAGGCAGCUCACAGACCUGAAGCACCAGCACACCACGUUGUAAUCCAGGGACUCAAAAAACGAAUGUCUCAUAGCAACUCUAACCCACAGAAAUGUGUUCUUAACUAUUUAAAAGAUUGUUUGUAUCAUUCUGCGACACUGAAACGAUCACUGCUGUCACCCUGAAGGUGUUUUAUCGAUAUCGCGAGCAGUAAAGAACGCUUAACUGCAGCACAAAUGACAGGCGGGGAGACGGAGCGCCUGCUGAUUCCUGGCAGCUGUUUGUACUUGAUCCGUGCUCGACAUCUUCCCAAACACAUCCUGCUCUGAAGAAAGAAGAAGAAGAAACCCAAAUCACUGCAGGACUCUCCUCCAGACGGUCUGGAUGCAGCGCAGGGAGGGAAAAGUCUGCCAGUUUUGCAGUUUGGCCUCCUUCACAUUCACAACUUAGGGGCGAGAAGGAAAAACAAUGAAGGAACUGCACUGUGUAUUCUCUCAGAUUUUGAUGCUUAUGUGAGAUAUAGGAGCUAUUUUAUAAAUGAGAAACAGCAUCGACAGUCGAGUGCUGCAGUGUGAUGGCAAACCUAAAGUGUUUUUUUUAUUAGUUAGUUUUACCAGAUGUCUAUACUUUUUACUUACUGUAUAAACACUGACAGGCCGAUGAUUAAUAGCAGCAGUAUCUCUUGUAUGGACAGUGCACAUGGAAGCCACAUGUUUGCAGGAGAAUAAAGCGACUCUGAGCACCGUAA